UAUGCGCCUGCGCAGUCCUCGACGCAGGCGCCUCUUCCACCGCCAGCCUUUGUUUCCAAGCGGGCCGGUUUCCCAGGCAGCUUGGCGGCAGCAGAGGGGGGCGUGGUUAUGUAGAUGAGUUAGCGGAGGUGGGCGGGGCCGCGUGUGGCAUUAUUAUUAUUGGCGGCGGCAGGAGCAGCGUUAGUUGAGCCGUCAGUUCGUGCUGGGCGCUCGCGAAGGGAGGAGCUGCCGUGAGGCCCUACAGCGAGCGCCUCCUCCCGAACCCCCGUCCGUCCUGCCGAGCCCCGAGGAUGAUAAACACCCAGGACAGUAGUAUUUUGCCUUUGAGUAACUGCCCCCAACUACAGUGCUGCAGGCACAUUGUCCCAGGGCCUCUGUGGUGCUCCUGAUGCCCCUCACCCACUGUCGAAGAUCCCCGGUGGGCGAGGGGUUGGCAGGGAUCCUUCUCUCUCAGCUUUGAUAUAUAAGGAUGAGAAGCUCACUGUUAACCAAGAUCUUCCAGUGCACGAUGGGAAGCCACACAUUGUCCACUUCCAGUACAAAGUUACGGAAGUAAAGAUCUCCACCUGGGAUGCAGUGCUAUCCAAUCAGAGUCUUUUUGUGGAAAUCCCUGAUGGUUUAUUAGCUGAUGGGAGUAAAGAAGGAUUAUUAGCACUGUUGGAAUUUGCUGAAGAAAAGAUGAAAGCAAGUUAUGUCUUUAUUUGCUUCCGAAAAAGCAGAGAAGACAGAGCUCCUUUACUGAAGACGUUCAGUUUUUUGGGCUUUGAAAUUGUGAGGCCUGGCCACCCCUGUGUCCCAUUGCGGCCUGAUGUGUUGUUCAUGGUGUACCCCCUGGAUCAGGUUUCGUCUGAGGAUGAUUAGACGGAGCGCAGCACGUCAUUGGGACCUGGACAUGCGUCAGAGACAAGAGGGGGCUAAAACUCUCCUGAGGAAAGGAAAAACAAAAUUCUUCUGGACUGAAACUGCAUUACUUAUUGUUAGAGUGACCUGUAUAUCUUCUGAGUUGACUUUUCCAUUGAAAUGUGUUACCUAGCGAAUAAUAUAAAGUCUGCACAUGUAAUCGCACAAUAGUAAACGGAAGAUAAAUGGAGCCCUUUCAUACGCAGCUCUGUGGUCUGCUGGUUAGCCUAGUGGAGGCAUGCCGAGUCCAGCCACGCGCUGGGCAAGGAGCCUGCAGGCGAAGAGAGGGGCAAGCCUCCUUAACAUUGGGCUUUCUGUUCAUUUCAUUAUUGGGCUUUCAUUUUCAAUAACUGUAUAUUUAUACGUAGGCUCUUAAGCAGCAGACAUGCUCUGAGUGUAGAGCUGUGAGGAAAAUUAACACUUGUUAGCAAACUGUAGGUGGCACCACUGGGGUAACCAACCGUGGGUUUCUGAAAAGCUUUUGUGCUCUUUUGUUUUCUUAUGUUAUUAACACUGCUUCAGAACAGCCUCCAGUUAAUAGGGGCAAUAAACAAGUAAAGCUGCCCCUUGAUUUUCAAGAAUGAGCUACACAAGCCUUUCAGGGAUUGUGGUAGUUAUUUCUUCGGUCCCUGUAUUAUAAUCUUUUGGGUAUAAACAUGGGAAGCAUUGAGAUAAGUGAGGGAAGAGAAGUUCACCUGUCUAGCUCCCCAGAAGCUCUGAUGGAUGCCCGUGCAGCCAAUGGUUCCCAGAGUGCUUAUAGGCAACAAUCUGAUCUCGUGCUUUGCUGUUCUUAGUCUUCAGUCCUAUGCUGUUUCACUGUGAACUAAGCCCCAUAAUACCAAGGGCAGGCUGUUUCAGAAAACUCUUCCUAAAAGUAGUUUGUGUGGUUGAAAUUCCAUGUGUCACAUCUUUCCCUAAGUAGUCUUGUUUUGGAUAUUAGAUGACAGCUAUCAUGCUUAUCUUUCUUUGAACAGUCAGUUCCUUCAAAUUUCACAAUAUACAAUUCCAACACUUUUGUUUGUCUUAUUUACUGAUGUGGUUCUUAUAGUGUUAUCUGAAAGUGGUAAAAAGAGGCCUUAUCUGUAUUGGUUUGUCAUUCUCAUUAAUGCUUAAUGCGAGUAAUUCCUAUUGCUAAAAAGAAAACUGUGCAGCCUAGAACAUCUGUGCAAAAUCAACAGCUGUUACUUUGUGUUGCUAUUGUCCCAGGUAUUAGACUUAAAUUCUCUCAUCAGAGGUCACCUAGGACUAAUCAGUAUGUUUCUCACUGUACAGUUGAGGAGUGUCUUUUUAAUCAUGAUUGAUAUAAUGAAAUAACAGUAGGAAGAGGAUGGGAGUAGUACAGAAAUAAAUGGAAGAACCUGUUCUCUUCCAGUCCCGAAGCAGAACUGAUACCAUCAUUUUAAAGAAUGAUCCAAAUAAUGCUGUCUUAUGAUUUACUUAUGAGUACUUCGGAAUGUAGCCACCUUACACUGUCAGAGGCCAUCCCCUAUUGCAAACUUUGAGCUGGAGUGGCUCUCCAGUGUUUCAGGCAAGAUUAUUUCUUACCUUUGACGAUUUUUCUGGUCCUGGCGCAAUGUGUUAGCAGCAUUUACUGUAAUCCGUUCUAUCCCAUCCCCAGAUACGUAUUAAGAUCAGUAGGCAUAGCAACAAAUAUACAGAAACUUAAAUCAAGCAGUGGCUUGCCCUGCUUUACUCCUAGAACAGAAUAGGAAGAUGUGCUUAUUAGAGGAACAGUUCUCCCACGAAAUCCAGUGCAGCUCGAGGGGAGCCUUCUGUUAAGGGCAAUUCUAGCUCCUGGGGUAAAGCGGAAAACUUUUAAAUGUCUCAAUAGUCCCUUCCCUUGUAAAAAUGGCUACCUACUGUUCUGAUUCCCCACAUCUUUUGUAACCAAAAAUGUUUCCUCCUUAGUUUGACAUACGUGCAGUAAGCUAAAAGGGGAGACACAUAUUUUGUCUUUAUACAACAAAACUAGCUGCUAUGAAUCAUUGUUCCUUUGUAUUUUUUAAAGCUAGGAUAUCAUACAUCUUGUAUAACACUUUCAAUACUUUCUUUUCUUGCACUAACACUGCUGGCUUUAACUGUGGAAUUCAAUCAGUUCCUAUUUCCUUAUUAAAAACACCACAAAACAAAUCCCAGGUAUGACCCCUAAAGAUGAUAGUUUGGGGGGGGGGGGGGGGGGUUUGCAGCUUUAAAGACAUUUCCUUAUUUAAUAAGAUGUUUGGCGUAGCUGGUUUUAGCCAGCAUCAUGCGCAUCUUGCGAUACAGGAGAAGGAACAUGCUUUGCUUGUUUACGAUUUCCUCCAUUAAUGGCAUUAAAGGGUGCACCAAAA